GAGAGAGAGAAGAGGGGGGACGGAGCCGCGUGUUUUGGCUCAGUGACUGCUGUUUUCUUUAAAAAAAAAAACAAACAAAAAAACAAGAAAUAUCCCACUGGGCUUUGUCAAUGAAUACCAAAUGACAACAACUGAUACUCAAACAGCCUAAUUGGUAUCAAUUCUUUCACCGAAAAAGAGAACACCUCGAGCCGGGACUACACGCACACUACAGCAAGUUUCCAGCGUGUGAAGCUCACACCACCCCCUCCCUUCCUGGACACCCCCGGUCCAUUCUCCACCAGUCCCACGUCAUUUUCCCUCCUCCCUCGCCAGCCGAGGAGCAAGGUUUAGUAGGGAUUAAUUCGACCUGCAAGGAGUAAAAUUAAAACGUAGGGAAAAUGUCGUGCAGCGAGGAUGAGAGGGAAGACUUUGGAGCCGCAGAGCAGCAUACACUUAUUCACGAUGAGGACGAGCCGGAGGAUGCUGUCUCUGACGUAGACGAGGUACCCAAGUCGAAGAAGAAGAAGAAAGCGAAGAAGAGCAACCGCGAGAGCAGGAGCAGCAAGAGGCAGAGACCCAUCAGAGAGGAGUUGCCAGUCAGCUCCCCAGAGCAAAUCAUUGGACUGGAGGCAGUGGAGAGGGAUGCAGAUGAGGGAGGCAUGCGGUCAGAGAGUGAAGGAAGUGAUUAUGCCCCUGGGAGGAAAAAGAAGAAACGCUCAAGCUCUGCCAAAGACAAAAAGAAAGGAGGUGGGGCAGGAGAGAAAGGAACUUCAAAGAGCAAACGUAAAGAUCCAGACCCAGAUGAUGACGAUGACGAUGAAGAUGAUUGCCAGCCUAAAAGCUCCACCCAGCUGCUAGAAGCCUGGGGCAUGAAAGACAUUGACCAUGUCUUUACUCAGGAAGACUACAGCUCCCUUACAAACUACAAGGCAUUCAGCCAAUUUGUUAGGCCUUUAAUUGCAGCAAAAAACCCUAAAAUUGCAGUGUCCAAGAUGAUGACUUUAAUGAUGGCUAAAUGGCGAGAAUUCAGCACAAAUAACCCUUUAAAGGGUUGUGCCACUGCAAAUGCAGCCCUGGCAGCUGCUAAUGUAGCUGCAGCUGUGGAGAACAUGGUGGUUUCAGGGACUGAUGGAGGGGCAGAGACUGCUUCCCCUGCAUCUGCUCCUGCUCCUCCUCCUCCUGCUGCUGCUCUAACACCUGCCGCACCUCCAGCACCUCCACUCCGAAAAGCCAAAACCAAAGAAGGAAAAGGUCCGAAUGCUCGUAGGAGGUCAAAACCUACACCUAAGCCUGCUCCUAAACAGAAACCCAAGAAGGUGGCUCCACUGAAAAUCAAACUAGGGGGCCUAAAUAGCAAAAGGAAGCGCUCCUCUAGCGAUGAAGAUGAACUUGAUGCUGAUAGUGACUUUGAUGACGGGAAUUUCUCAGUGUCAGAUGGCUCCAGUCGCAGCAGCCGACCUAAGAAGAAGGCUAAGAGUGCAAAGAAAAAGAAGAAAGUAGAAACAGAAGAUGGAGAUGGCUAUGAGACUGACCACCAGGACUACUGUGAGGUGUGCCAGCAGGGAGGAGAAAUAAUUUUGUGUGACACCUGUCCCAGAGCUUAUCACAUGGUCUGUCUGGACCCUGACAUGGAGAAGGCACCUGAGGGCAAGUGGAGUUGUCCACACUGUGAGAAGGAGGGAAUUCAGUGGGAGGCAAGAGAUGAUCUGUCCGAAGCUGAAGGGGAAGAUGACGACGACAGGAGAGAUGAUGGGCUGGAGGAGGAAGAUGAUCAUCACAUUGAGUUUUGCCGUGUGUGUAAGGACGGCGGAGAGCUGCUUUGCUGUGACACCUGCCCCUCCUCCUACCACAUCCACUGCCUCAACCCUCCUCUCCCUGAGAUCCCCAAUGGAGAGUGGAUCUGCCCCCGUUGCAAGUGUCCACCGAUGAAAGGCAAAGUGCAGAAGGUUUUAACAUGGCGCUGGGGGGAUCCACCCGCACCCAUGCCUGUCCCUCGGCCUGCUGACCUGCCUGCUGACGCACCUGAUCCCCCUCCAAUGGUUGGGCGCCGAGAGAGGGAGUUCUUUGUGAAAUGGUGCAAUAUGUCCUACUGGCACUGCUCCUGGGUGAAGGAGCUACAGUUGGAGCUGAAUUGCCAGGUGAUGUUCCGUAACUAUCAGAGGAAGACAGACAUGGAUGAACCACCACCUGUAGACUUUGGAGGAGAGGGUGACGAUGACAAGAGCACCAAGAGGAAGCACAAAGACCCUCUCUUUGUCCACAUGGAAGAGGAGUUUUUACGCUUUGGAAUCAAGAUGGAGUGGCUGAUGAUCCACCGCGUCCUUAACCACAGUGUUGAUAAGAAGAACAACGUACAUUAUCUGAUUAAAUGGAGAGAUCUUCCAUAUGACCAGUCAACCUGGGAGAGUGAAGACAUGGACAUUCCUGAGUUCGACACCUACAAACAGACUUACUGGAAUCACAGAGAGCUAAUGAUGGGUGAGGAGGGCCGGCCUGGAAAGAAGCUCAAGAAGCCAGUCAAAGUCAAAAAGGCAGAGCGUCCACCUGCUAAUCCAGUCAUAGAUCCCACCAGUAAGUUUGAUCGGCAGCCUGACUAUCUAGACAGUACAGGAGGGACCUUGCAUCCCUACCAGCUGGAGGGGUUGAACUGGCUGAGGUUUUCUUGGGCUCAGGCAACAGAUACUAUCCUUGCUGACGAGAUGGGUUUAGGCAAAACUGUUCAGACUGCAGUCUUCCUCUACUCAUUAUAUAAGGAGGGUCACUCCAAAGGUCCAUUCCUGGUCAGCGCUCCUCUGUCCACCAUCAUUAACUGGGAGAGAGAGUUUGAGAUGUGGGCACCUGACAUGUAUGUGGUCACUUAUGUUGGUGACAAAGACAGCAGAGCUGUUAUUAGAGAGAACGAAUUCUCCUUUGAGGGAAAUGCCAUCAGAGGAGGAAAAAAGGCCUCAAAGAUGAAGAAAGACUCACCAGUCAAGUUCCAUGUUCUGCUUACGUCCUAUGAGUUGAUCACCAUUGACCAGGCUGUGCUGGGCUCCAUUGAAUGGGCUUGUCUGGUUGUUGAUGAAGCACACAGACUCAAAAACAACCAAUCCAAGUUCUUCCGAGUGUUGAACAACUACUCACUGCAACACAAGCUGCUGCUGACUGGUACUCCUCUUCAGAACAACCUGGAAGAGCUUUUUCAUUUGUUGAACUUCUUGACUCCAGAGAGAUUCAAUAACCUGGAAGGGUUCCUGGAGGAAUUUGCAGACAUUGCUAAAGAGGACCAGAUUAAGAAACUUCAUGACAUGCUAGGACCACACAUGCUCAGAAGGCUGAAGGCAGAUGUCUUCAAACACAUGCCUUCAAAGACAGAACUCAUUGUCCGAGUGGAGCUGAGCCCCAUGCAGAAGAAAUACUAUAAGUUUAUUCUAACACGCAACUUUGAGGCACUGAACACUCGUGGUGGUGGAAACCAAGUCUCUCUUCUCAAUGUUGUUAUGGAUCUGAAAAAGUGCUGCAAUCACCCUUACCUCUUUCCAGCUGCUGCCACAGAGGCACCAAAACUUCCAAAUGGCAUGUAUGAAGGCACUGCUUUGACCAAGGCUUCAGGGAAGCUGAUGCUGCUUCACAAGAUGAUGAAAAAGCUGAAGGAGGGAGGCCACAGGGUUUUGGUUUUCUCCCAGAUGACAAAAAUGCUUGACCUGUUGGAAGACUUCCUGGAAAACGAAGGAUACAAAUACGAGAGAAUUGAUGGAGGAGUGACUGGCAACAUGAGACAGGAGGCCAUUGAUCGUUUUAAUGCUCCUGGUGCUCAGCAGUUUGCUUUCCUCCUCUCUACCAGAGCUGGCGGCUUGGGCAUUAACCUUGCAUCUGCUGACACAGUCAUUAUUUAUGACUCUGACUGGAACCCCCACAAUGACAUCCAGGCAUUCAGCAGAGCACAUCGUAUUGGCCAAAACCGGAAAGUGAUGAUUUAUCGCUUUGUUACAAAAGCCUCUGUUGAAGAGAGGAUCACACAGGUGGCAAAGAAGAAGAUGAUGCUUACUCAUCUUGUUGUAAGACCUGGCCUCGGCUCUAAAACGGGUUCCAUGUCAAAGCAGGAACUUGAUGACAUCCUUAAGUUUGGGACUGAAGAACUGUUCAAGGAUGAAGUUGGAGAUGGGGACAACAAAGAGGAUGACAGCAGUGUGAUCCACUACGAUGACCAGGCGAUUUCACGUUUGCUUGACAGAAACCAGGAUGCCACGGAGGACACUGAGCUUCAGAGCAUGAACGAAUACCUCAGCUCUUUUAAGGUGGCCCAGUAUGUGGUCAAAGAUGAAGAUGAUGAGGAGGAGGAGGUGGAACGUGAGGUGAUCAAGCAGGAGGAGAGCGUUGAUCCUGACUACUGGGAGAAGCUGCUCCGUCACCACUACGAGCAGCAGCAGGAAGACCUCGCCCGAAACCUGGGCAAAGGCAAAAGAACUCGAAAACCAGUCAACUAUAAUGACGGUUCCCAGGAGGACCGAGGUAUAAGACAGGAUUGGCAGGAGGAUCAGUCAGACAACCAGUCAGAUUACUCUGUGGCCUCAGAGGAGGGUGAUGAGGACUUUGAUGAACGAACUGAAGCAAAUGCCCGCAGACCAAAUCGUAAAGGUCUGAGGAAUGACAGGGACAAACCUCUACCUCCACUUCUGGCCAGGGUUGGUGGGAACAUCGAGGUGUUGGGCUUCAAUGCACGGCAGAGGAAGGCUUUCUUGAACGCAGUUAUGCGUUAUGGGAUGCCACCCCAGGAUGCUUUCACCAACCAGUGGCUGGUCAGGGACCUGCGAGGGAAAUCUGAGAAAGAAUUCAAGGCCUACGUGUCUCUGUUUAUGCGCCACCUUUGUGAGCCGGGUGCUGAUGGAGCUGAGACUUUUGCUGAUGGCGUCCCACGUGAGGGCCUGUCACGGCAACAUGUGCUUACUCGCAUUGGUGUGAUGUCACUCAUAAGGAAAAAGGUGCAAGAGUUCGAACAUGUAAAUGGUCAGUGGUCGAUGCCCUGGAUGGCUGAGCUGGAGGAGAACAAAAGGGCUGCAGCUUUGGCUGCAGGUGAAGACCCCAAAACCCCUUCGACUGGGACCCCUGCAGACACACAGCCCAACACUCCCAUCCCAGAGGAUUUGUCUAAAACAGAGGACAAAGAAGACAUGAAAAAGGAGGGAGAGGAUGGUAAAGCAGCUAAGAAGGCAGAUGAUCCAGAGAUAAUUGAAAUCCCAGAUGAGUCUGAAAAAUCCCCUGUUCUUGAAAAGAAAGAAGACUCAGCUGUAGAGAAGGAGGAGAAACAUGAGGAAAGAGAUGAAGUUAAGAAGGAAAAUGAAGAUAAAGACGAGGUGGAAAAGUCUUCAGUAGCAGUAGAAAAGGGUAUUUCUACCAACAACAAGGGUGAAGACUUAGAGGGCAAGAUUAAUUUAGAAGAGGACAAGUCCAAAGCUGAAGAGGGCAAAGAUGAGAAGAUGGACAUUACCUCACCCACAGAGGAGAAAAAAGAGCAAAAAGAAGAGAAGGACAACGUGAAAACAGAAGAGUCUGGCAGACUGCAGAAUGGCGAGAACACGAAGGAAGGAGGAACAGCUGCACCUGUGGUUAACAUCAGCGAAGAGAAGAAGAAAGCCACCAAGCAGAGGUUCAUGUUCAACAUUGCUGACGGAGGAUUCACAGAACUUCACUCUCUGUGGCAGAACGAAGAGAGAGCUGCCACAGUUACUAAGAAGACUUUUGAGAUUUGGCACCGUCGCCAUGACUACUGGCUGUUGGCUGGAAUCAUACAACAUGGCUAUGCUCGAUGGCAAGAUGUUCAGAAUGAUGUGCGGUUUGCCAUCAUCAAUGAGCCCUUUAAAGGGGAGAUGAGCAGAGGAAACUUCUUGGAGAUCAAGAACAAGUUUCUGGCCCGCAGGUUCAAGUUAUUGGAGCAGGCGUUAGUGAUUGAAGAACAGCUGCGCAGGGCAGCUUACCUGAACAUGACUGAGGACCCGGCUCACCCCUCCAUGGCCCUCAACACCCGCUUCAGUGAGGUAGAGUGUCUCGCCGAGUCCCAUCAGCACCUCAGCAAGGAGUCCAUGUCUGGAAACAAGCCUGCUAAUGCAGUGCUUCAUAAAGUUCUCAAACAGCUUGAGGAACUGCUGAGCGACAUGAAAGCUGAUGUCACUCGCCUCCCGGCAACCAUCGCCAGAAUACCCCCUGUGGCCGUGCGGCUGCAGAUGUCUGAAAGGAACAUCCUCAGCCGAUUGGCCAGCAGGGGCCCGGAGGUCACGUCUCAGAACCAGUCACAGACCUCACAGCAGCUGCAGGUGCAACGCUGACCAGUUACCUCGCACAUUUCUCACCAACUGAGGCUAGUCGCUCACCUCACCGCCAUGUAGCAGACGUCCUCCCCCUCAACCACCAUGUAUAGCACAGUCAGGUUAGUCCUCCUUGCUCUGCUCCGACGACUCCUCUCUGGACUCAGAAGAGCAUCAGCUGUACUGCUGGACUUUGUUUUGGAAAGACUGCAACUGUAGAUUAAUAAUGGGAUUAUACAGAAGAGUAAUUUCUCUCUUUGUGAACGCCUGAAUACAAACGUUUCUCCUUCUGGGGUCAGAUUCAACCCUUGUGUUGUAAGCACUGAACUGCAGGCAGCUCCUCUGACCUGUCCUGACAGCCCGGUCAAAUGUGUGUAAGUAACAUAUGAAGCAGAGGACAGACCAGAGCAAAGGCAGCAUGUUUGGAGUAUUUUGGCGCUUUAUAGUGACUUUUGGAUUAUCAAUGAAUUCAAGGGAUUUAAUUGUGCUCAUUUUUACCUUUAGGAACUCGUGAAAUGACCAACAUUUUGUUAGAAGUCAUUUAUGUUUAUUAUUUUCACCUGUAUGUGUGUGUGUCAACAGAAUGUGUGCGUGUUUCCUGGAUGCGUGUGUAUGAAACAGGGCGUAUUGAUGUGUAUCUCUACUGCCACUGAUAAACUGUUACUGUCACAUUUGCAUCGGUCAGUCUGAUCUGUUACCUCUUCUUGUGUCUGAACCUCUACCUGCCCUGUCCGGUGACCUGAUCUAGGAUCAGCUGUUCAUGCACACACCCAAACCAGCACCUUGACAUUCCUAACUGCAUCACAGAUUUUCUCCCUGGGAAGUUUCCUAAAAUACACAAACAAAAUAGCUCCAAAGGUACAAGGGGCAGUUUUGAGAAUGAUGGCAAUCUUAUUUAAUUUCUUACUGUCUAUUGUUAUGUUGUUCUGCAUCAUGAAAUAUUAUUAUUGUCACCACCUUGUUGUUUUUAUUGUUGUUUUUAUUGACUACAAUAAAAAGUCAACAGUU